AUGACCUUCGAACUCCCCUUCUAUCCAUACCCAAUAACAAUUUACGACCUCCCCCCCGAGCUCCUCAUUCACAUAUUCAGAUUCUGUGUCCCCUGCGACAUUUACUCCUUUACAACCGCAACAAAACGACCCACACCCGUCCUCCAACCCCUCUCUCUCGCAGGCGUCUGUCGCCCGUGGCGCAACCUCAUCAUCCAAAGCCCGCACCUCUGGUCCCACCUCCAGCUGAAGGUCAACGCCCGGGGGCAGGUACCCUUCGUCCGCGCGUGGCUCGCCCGAGCUCAGAAAACGCCGCUCUCCAUCUCGCUGUACUACGAUGUCGAGGAUAGGAUUGCGAUGUACUUUAUUUUCGAAGAGGUGGUGGGCCUUGUGAGCGAGGCUUCGAGCAGAUGGGUGGAGCUGAACGUACGCGUGCCGGAUUACUUCCUCUUCCUCCUCUUCGGGGAUUGCACCUCAAUGAGCGGGGCGAAGCUCGACGUCCUCAGAAUACACAAGGCUAAUUUCGUGUGGGAGAACCCAGUGUCUUGCACGCCCUUCCGACUCCUUGGCGGUCUGCCUGCACCGAGGACUCUGGCCUUGCAGGGUAUGAGCCUGGAUCGGGUCGUGGUAGGGUGGAAAAACCUCACUCGUGUGAGCGCGGAGGGCGUCGCGCUCGGCGAGUGUCUCAAGGCCCUCCACCAGGCUCCAAAAUUGGAGGAAUGCACAUUCGUAAACAUCAACCCGGGUCACGUCAACGACGAGGUGGGGUAUCCUACUUCUAUCAUCACUCACCCACACCUCCACACCCUACGCAUCGAGAACACCUUCGUAGGCGACGCUCUCCUGCGCCGCCUCUACCUCCCCUCUCUUCAAGCCUUCUCUUACAUCCCUAUCUCGAACCCAUUCCAUGGCUACUCCCAUCCCUUUGCGUUUGCGACUCCUCUCUCCGACUUCUCCACGCUCGAGACGCUCACCCUACGCAGCCGCUGCGUACUCCAGAGGCUCUCCGUUCCGGUGUACGUCCCCGCAGAAGCCUUCGCAAGGCUGUUGGACGCCAUAUGCACGAUUAAGGAGCUGGUAUUAGACUUCGGGGCGGUACCUCCGGGAGUUGCGCCCCAAGAGAAGUGCUCGAGCUGCUCGUUCCCGGCACGACUGCGAACGCCAGCACGACCAAUAUGGGAGAGGUGCCAGUGGGGCUGCUGCCCGAGCUCGAGGCACUUGAAGUGCGUUCCAGAGUCAUCUCGUUCCCGUGGUUCAUCCUACCCCGGCUCUUCCCCAUUUCCUCCUCCUCUUCCAUUCUCGGGCCCCAAUUCGACCCACUCUCGCUCUCACUUAAUUCUCCAACUCAGACCAGCACUCAACAUCGGACGCUCCGUCGACUACACCUCAAGAUCGGCCCCUCCUCCCUCGAGGCCAACGUCAAUACAUACCCUGAGUGGCCCUCUUUUAUCGACCGUUCAGUCCUCGUCAACAUCCUACAGCUCCGCGAAGAAGGUGCGGAGGUGA